GCGCCGUUUGAUCAAUCCCGAUUUAAUCAAUUAACAAUGAUUGAUAAUCCCUGGAGAUAACAGGACUAGAUUGGUUGAACUCUUCUCAGACCUCUCCCUUUAUACGGAAACUUGUUUUGACAAGAAGUUGAUUGGUUUCUCAAGUGGACAGUGAGAUUCCUUUCGGAUCAAAGCCUAAUGAAGUUGCAGUGUAGCUUUGAUCUCGCCACUGGCUUCGAAAAUGCUCUCUUUGAUCUAUAAAUCUCCACUACUAUGUUUAUACUAAGGGUCAGUAUAAAUGUUUUGCGCGGACUGGAGUCCUUCACUUCAUCUCAAUCCGUGAGAACGAACACAUCUACUUUCCAAUUAUCCAAAUUUGGCGCUACUGAAUUCCUGUAGUAUUUCAUCCGACUGCAUUCUAGUGUUGUGUCCGAAGGCCCUAGAAAAUGGAUCCAGUUCAAGUUGCCAUCAAGCUGAGACGUCUCCUUAUUGCCCACGACAAUGCAGUGAAAGAGAUCCUGACAUUAGAUACCCAAGUCUACCAUCUGAUGCGGAAGAUGACAGCCAACUCCUCCAACAACUGCAUAAUCCGAGGUGAACAGCUGAUCCAGAGACGAUGGGUGCUGGAAGGUGUCAAGGAGAUGUUUACCAUCUACAGACAACUCAAGUGGCAAGAGGUGCAAGCCUGUGUAAACGCCAUCACCAAAGAUGCUUCUGCAGAGAGUGAUUCGGAGGCGGACUGGAAUGCAGAUACCUCUUUCAACGAUGAUGAAGCUUCCUUCACGGAACUCUUGUCCGACAGCUCAUAUAGUGAGGACGACGAAGACCAGGGAGACCUAUACAGCAACGACAGCAGCUACGAUAUGACGACUCUCAGUCGAGCUUUGUCUGUAGACGACAGUGCACUUCAUAGAAACGCCUAA